AAAUCAUUAAAAAUUGACCAGUGCUUAUUUAAAACCUCGUCAAGUUAACUGAUUUAUUUAAAUUCUUCCCCACGGUAGCUGAAGCCAUUUGAAGCCGUCGUUCACCUUCGCAUUGCGGCCGUUCACCAUUGCUUCUCAAUCACGAUUUUUCAAAUGGCCAAUUUCUCCACUACCCCUUCAGUAAAAGGACCCAUCACUCACGUAAUCUUCGACAUGGAUGGUCUCUUACUCGACACAGAGAAAUUUUAUACUGAAGUCCAGCAAAUCAUACUUGCUAGAUACAAUAAAACCUUUGAUUGGUCUCUCAAGGCAAAAAUGAUGGGGAGGAAAGCAAUAGAAGCAGCUCAGGUUUUUGUUCAGGAGACUGGGAUAAGUGACUCUCUUUCAGCUGAGGACUUUCUUGUAGAAAGAGAGGAGAUGCUGCAACACAUGUUUCCAACAAGUGAGCUUUUGCCAGGAGCUAGCCAUUUGGUCAGGCAUCUCCAUGCAAAAGGGAUACCAAUUUGCGUGGCAACUGGAUCUCACAGGCGGCAUUUUGAAUUGAAAACACAAAGACAUGGUGAGCUUUUUUCCUUGAUGCAUCAUGUUGUUCUUGGAGAUGACCCAGAAGUUAAAAAAGGCAAGCCAUCACCAGAUAUAUUCCUUGCUGCAGCUGGGAGAUUUGAGGGCAGCCCAGUAGAUCCAAAGAAGAUUCUUGUUUUUGAAGAUGCGCCCUCAGGUGUUCUUGCAGCUAAGAAUGCUGGAAUGCACGUUGUAAUGGUUCCAGAUCCAAGGCUAGAUAUCUCUCAUCAUGAAACUGCAGAUCAAAUUUUGAGCUCAUUACUGGAAUUUGAUCCAGUUUAUUGGGGCUUGCCUGCCUUUGAAAAUGUGGAAAGCUAAAGUUGCAACAUUAGAAAAAAAAAACUUCAGCUGCUCCUUUAUUCAUCUUAUUUUAGGCAUUCCCUUUGUGGUUGCACUUGGGCAAUAAUAUCUUACGCAAUUUCUCAUGGUUUGUUUGCCAUAUUACAUUUCUGGGAAGUAUUGUUCAACUUUGAUCAGAUUGCUAUUCUUGCAAGGGCAGAAGCCUACAUUACAGUAAACUUUCCUAGUUAUUGGAAACUUUUCUUAAGUUAUUGAAUAGCUCGGAUUGUUUGAAACA